AUGUCCCAAUAUCAGGAAGUCGUACCGGAGGAGGAGGAAUCUAUUUUAAAUUAUUUUCUAGAAGUUAGAAACUCAUUGUCACAUCUAAAACAAGAUAGAAAACAAUAUUUAAACUCCAAAGACGUGCAAAAGAUUUACCAACAAGUUUUAACUCAAGUCAGAAAAUUGGAUGCAAUCAGAAGCAAGCAUAAUGGUCCCAAUGCUUCUGACGGCCCUAAUGUCCUAAUUUCUAAUAAUCGUGUUGAUAGUGUUUUAGAUGAUGUGUUUCAAUUAUUAAGUUUGAGUUUCAUCACUGUUGGUUUGAAAAACUCUGCUCCUGCCACUUACGCUUCAUUGUCUACUGUUCAAAGAUUAUUAGAGCAUUUGGAAGAGUCUAAGGUUUAUACUCACCAUGAUUUAAGACCAAUUAAGGAAAGACUAAAUGAGAUCAGUGUAAUAGUUACCAAAAACAAUUACAAAACGUAUGUUUACGAUUACGAUCAGGAAGAUCAACCUGAGAUCAGCGAGAUUGAGGAUAAGAAUAAAGUUGAAGAGGACUUAUUGUUACGUGCGAAAUUAAAACAUUGUAUGGAUGAAUACCAAAAAAUUGAGAACAAUAUUGAAGAAACCGAUCCCCAGUUACAAAGUCUUACUGAAAGGUUGUAUUCUAUUAGAAGAAAUCUACUAAGCUUGGCUGCCGCAACAAGAAAGACCCCUGGUUCUAGUAGUACUAAUCUAGUCGCUGAUAAAAAUGUUAUGUUUAAAGUUAAAGAAUACGAGAAAGAAUUAUCUGAAUUAGAAUCACACCGUGAUGAAUUUGGGAAAUUCAAAAGUCUGGAAACUGGCAAAGUUGUGGAAAAUGGUCAAAAUGUAUUGAACGGUUUAUUAGAUGAUUGUCAUGAUUUACUUAGCGAUUUGUUGCAUCACCAUAGCAGUGGUCUUGAAAAAGACCCCAAUUUGAAGAAAAUUUAUGAAAGUUUAAUUGAGAUCAAAACCUCUUUGGAGAAUUUGUUGGUUACCAGAAGAUGGACUUUGAGAGAGACUGAUUUGUUUACUUAUCAGAAAAGGUUAUCUGACAUUGAUUCUAUGAGGGUUAAUGGUAAGUUUCCAACAAGCGUUAAUGGCAAUGGCGAUCCUGAUAACAAAAAGUCACAAAGUAUUUUAUUGUAUUUGUUACGUAGAUGUUACGCGAUUAUCUAUAAAUUAUUGGAAAGUAGUGAGCCUGUCAGUGAGAGUUUACAGAGAAUACAUAACCAAUUAACUACUGUUCGCCGUUGUUUGUUAGAUUUGAAGAGAAUGGGUGGUGUUGACAGUGAAAGAGAAUUGUACCCAUAUCAGAUGAAACUAGCUUCUUUAGACAAUUUAAGAACCGAUGGUAAGUUUUAUGACGAUGAUGGUAAUAUACCGGAAGGCCAAGGUACUUUGAACGCUUUACUAAGCGAAUGUUUUGAUAUUUUGCAUGAAUUAAAGAUUGAAGCUGAAGAAAAGGAAGAGCAAAGAGAAAGAGAACGUUCUACCGCUAAACAAAAAAUAGACAGUGAUAAUAAUCUUGAAAAUAAUAGUGAUAUUAUUGAAGAAAGUGAUAGCAGUUGUAGUAGCAGUAACAACAGUAUCAAAAAGGGCUCGGAUGCUAAUACAAAUAGCAAAAUAACUUUAGACGAAGAAUCGCAAGAUGAAGAUGCUAUUAAGCUAACUAAAGAUUCAACUACUAGAGACGUAGCCGACUUUGAAGAGACGGGUGGAAACGGUACCAAUGAUACACAUCAUCUCAAAUAUUUAAAUGAUAAUGAGUAUAAUAGUACAGGCGAAGAUGAGGAAGAUGAGGAAGAAGAAGCAGAAGAAGAAGGAGACGGGAAUGUUAGUUCUUCAAGUUCUAGUAACGUUGAGGAUGCCGAGAGCCUUAGCAAAAGUACAAAUACAAGGACUGGAAACCGUAAAGAAGGCUCAGUCGAAUUAUUGAAGAAAGCUACCACUAGUGGUAUGGCACAUGGUAAGGAUAACAAAAAAAAAACGAAUAGUAUUAGCACUAUAAGCACUAAUACUGGUACGGAGAAGGGAGGUAUUCAUGAAGAUGUUGAUUACAGCGAUCAUAGUUACAAGGACUAUGACGAUGAUGAUGUCGAAGAUAGCGAGGAAGAAGAAAAAAAAGAACAGGGAAAUAAUGAUGAUGAUGAUGAUCUUAAAUUACAAAAAAUGAAGGAGUGA